AUGCAAUUCGCCAACAUCACCAUAUAUCGUGAAGGCUAUGUCUUGGAUAUUAUGGACGUCCAAUGCUACACUCCGACGAAAAUCUAUAGUCUACAAUGUGAGCCCAAAGAAUGGUCGGACUCUUGUGUUCAGUCAACCAAACAAUUUUCGCAAUUCAAUUCGCCGUCGAUCAAGGAUACGCAUUUCGGGCUCGGUAAAUUGGUGGCAACCAACACCACGGACGCCAACAUCGCCAACAUCGAUGCCAUCAAAAUCGACUACUUCUAUUGCACCAUUUUCUACGCCAAUCAUCGCUAG